GGGCUUGUGUUCUGACCUUCCUGGGAGUGCCGGAGUGCUUAUCCAUGUCCACUAUGUUUCCAUGCAUGUGCAUCUCCCCUCACAGAGCACCUCCUGUGUGCCAGGUGCACACGUGUGAGCUCUGCCCCUCUGCACCCUUGCUUGAGAUGCCAGACCCUGUGUGAAUGUGUGGGUGAGCUGCACCCCUGCGCUGGGGUGCUUGGUGCCUGCCUGUAGACUAGUGAUGGGUGCCUGCAAGCGUGUGCACGCGUCGCCUCUCGCUGUGGAUACGUACACGGACUGUGUGUACAUUGUGUACGUACUGUGUGUUCAUUGUGAACGUAUGAGUUUCGGCACUAAACACACUUAUUAGUUUGUUCUUGUGCAUCCCAGCCCUGGUACACAUCUAGGCAUGUGUGCACAGUAUCCAUGAGUACACACGUCUGCGUGUGUGCUGUGCCACUGCAUGCAAGUACGCUUGAUUGCACAUGAGCAUGUCUACAGUGCCUCUGUGGUCGUGUGCGCGCGCGUGUGUGCUGGGUCUCUGGGGGCAUGCCGGCAAGAGGACCCAUGUGUGGGUGCUCCUGUGGGCCUUAGCAUCACUGCUCCCACCUCUGAAUCCCUAGGGCCAGCCCCUUACACAACUGCCUCACAAGGGAGUCAGCAACAAAGGCCUGGGGCAGCUGGGGGUGCGAGGUCAAGAGAGUGGCCCCAGGCCUUGAGCAGAGGGGCUGGGGGCGGUCCUCUUUGUUCUCCCAUCUUCUGCUGCUCACUGAUUGAGGGAGGGGGUGUGAGCAACUCAGACACCCACGAUCCUGGCCCCAGCACUGCCCACUGUCCUCCAGGGCCCCAGCUGGGGGCUUGGUUCUGGCUGAGCCACCCUAUCCUCGCCCUGGACCCUCACUCAGAAGUCUCAUGCUCCUCCUCCUCCUGCGUGGAGGGGUCCAGGCCCCCCUUGCCCUGUCAGAUUGGCAGCGCCAGCACCCGGUUCCCCUCUGGACUUUUCCUCCCACACCAGCCUGCUCCGCCUGUGGCACCCGCAAUGGGGGUGGCGGCUGCCUGGGCUUUGCCAUGCUUCUUCCAGCAGGGAGGGGCUGCCCGGGAAAGUGCCAGCCGGGCCUGGGGUGGAGGCUGAAGAGAUUCACCCAGACCCUGGGCCACAGAAGCUGCACUGGGUGGGUUUUGGGGUUGGGCUCAGAUUUAAGGGGUUUGAGGCUGUCCUGAGGUUCCCCAUCCCCUCACCCUCAGGUGCUGCUGAGGAUGUAACCUGGACUUCCUGGCAGCCAGCCUGGGGCCGGCCCCCGUGGGGCCAGGCUGGAGGAUGUGGUCAGUGAUGUUAGGCCAGGUGGCCCCAGCCUUGAGAAGGGGGACUCUGCCUUUAUGCUCUUGGCCUGGGGAGAGCCCCAGAGCUCCGGGAUGCAUGUGGCUGGGGGGUUCCAGACUCUCCCAGACAGGCCUGUAGCUGCCCGCCCCUUGUUCUUUUGCCCCCUCCCCUGGGUGGGGCUUCAGGCGCUGAGUCACAGCUUGGGUAGGGGAGCCAACCUCUCUUCUCCCCACUCUCCAAACUGCUGAGGAAAUCCUGGAGGGAGGGCAGAAGAGGAGGUGGAGGGCAGAGCUGAGUGGCGUGGGGCCCCCAGGACAGGGGGCUGGCUCUCUGCUGAGCACUCACUUUGCCUCCUUGAGUACAUCUGUCAGCAUCCGGUGCAGCACCUCCUUGCUGGUUUUCAGGGAGCAGCGCCCCCCGCCCCCCUCCAAGGACGGCGUCUCUCCUGCAGGGCUGUUGGAGUGGCUGGGGCUCCGGGGACCGGGGACCGUGUCUCCCUCUGCAGCAUCGUCUCCUGGGGCAACUAUCGACGAGGUGGAAACGGAUGUAGUUGAGAUCGAGGCCAAGCUGGACAAGCUGGUCAAGCUGUGCAGCGGCAUGAUUGAGGCUGGCAAGGCCUACGUUGCAACCAACAGGCUCUUCGUGAGUGGCGUCCGCGACCUGUCCCAGCAGUGCCAGGGCGACACCGCCAUCUCGGAGUGUCUGCAGAGGUUUGGAGACAGCCUGCAGGAGAUGGUCAACUACCACAUGAUCCUGUUUGACCAGGCCCAGAGGUCUGUGCGGCAGCAACUCCACAAUUUCAUCAAAGAGGACGUGCGGAAGUUCAAGGAGACCAAGAAGCAGUUUGACAAAGUGCGAGAGGACAUGGAGCUGUCCCUGGUGAGGAACGCCCAGGCCCCACGGCACCGGCCCCAUGAGGUGGAGGAGGCCACGGGUGCCCUGAGCCUCACCCGGAAGUGCUUCCGCCACCUGGCAUUAGACUAUGUGCUGCAGAUCAACGUCCUCCAAGCCAAGAAGAAGUUUGAGAUCCUGGAUUCUAUGCUGACCUUCAUGCUCGCCCAGCACAGCUUCUUCCAGCAGGGCUACAGCCUGCUGCACCAGCUGGACCCCUACAUGAAGAGGCUGGCCGCCGAGCUGGACCAGCUGGUGAUCGACUCGGCGGUGGAGAAGCGCGAGAUGGAACGCAAGCACGCUGCCAUCCAGCAGCGGGACUUCUCCUAUGAUGAGCCUAAAGCAGAGUUUGACGUGGACGCGCCCAGCGGCGUGGUGAUGGAGGGGUACCUCUUCAAGAGGGCCAGCAACGCCUUCAAGACGUGGAACCGGCGCUGGUUCUCCAUCCAGAACAGCCAGCUGGUCUACCAGAAGAAACUCAAGGACGUGCUGACCGUGGUGGUGGAUGACCUCCGCCUGUGCUCAGUGAAGCCGUGUGAGGACAUUGAGCGGAGGUUCUGCUUUGAGGUCGUGUCACCCACCAAGAGCUGCAUGCUGCAGGCCGACUCCGAGAAGCUACGGCAGGCCUGGGUUCACGCCGUGCAGGCCAGCAUCGCCUCUGCCUACCGGGAGAGCCCAGACAGCUGCUACAGCGAGGUGUGGCCCUCCCAGCACCCUCCACAUGCGUGCACACACCUAUGUGCCACAGGGAGACAGCCCCUGCAGGCUGCAUGCGAGCGUAGGCUGGACCGCACGGCAUCCCCGUCCACAAGCAGCAUCGACUCAGCCACAGACUCUCGGGAGCGCAGCGUCAAGGGCGAGAGCGUGCUGCAGCGCGUGCAGAGCGUGGCUGGCAACAGCCAGUGCAGCGACUGCGGUCAGCUGGACCCCCGCUGGGCCAGCAUCAACCUGGGGGUGCUGCUCUGCAUCGAGUGCUCAGGCAUCCACAGGAGCCUGGGUGUCCACUGCUCCAAGGUGCGGUCCCUGACUCUGGAUUCGUGGGAGCCAGAGCUGCUGAAGCUGAUGUGUGAGCUUGGAAACAGCGCCGUGAACCACAUCUAUGAGGCCCAGUGCGAGGGGCUGGGCAGCAGGAAGCCCACGGCCAGCAGCCCCAGGCAGGACAAGGAGGCCUGGAUCAAGGACAAAUAUGUGGAAAAGAAGUUUCUGCGGAAGCUGCCCUCAGCACCGGCCCGGGAGGCCCCGCGGCGCUGGCGCGCACAGAAGUGCCAGCGCCACCACAGCUCCCCCCGCGCCCCCACUGCCCGCCGCAAGGUCCGGCUGGAGCCCAUCCUGCCCUCCGUGGCUACUCUGUCCUCAGCAGGCGCUGUGGAGCGCAAGUUCCGCAGGGAUUCCCUCUUCUGCCCGGAUGAGCUGGACUCCCUCUUCUCCUACUUUGAUACAGCAGCUGCAGCGGCCGGUCCACGCAGUCUGAGCAGCGACAGCGGCUUAGGGGGCAGCUCUGAUGGCAGUUCGGACGUCCUGGCCUUCAGCACCAGCUCUGUGGUGGACAGCGUCACUGAGGAGGAGCGCGCAGACUCGGAGGAGUCCAGCGGCGAGGCAGAUGGGGAGGCCGAGGCCGAGGCCUGGGGCUUGGCGGAUGUGCGCGAGCUGCACCCUGGACUCCUGGCGCACCGCGCAGCACGCACCCGCGACCUCCCCACACUGGCCGCGGCGCUGGCCCACGGGGCCGAGGUCAACUGGCCCGACACGGAGGACGAGGGCAAGACUCCAUUGGUGCAGGCCGUGCUGGGGGUGAGCGGCGUGGGGCUGCGCAGGGCACAGGGCUCCCUGAUCGUCUGUGAAUUCCUCCUGCAAAAUGGAGCAGACGUGAACCAAAGAGACAGCCGGGGCCGGGCGCCCCUGCACCACGCCACGCUGCUGGGCCACACUGGCCAGGUCUGCCUGUUCCUGAAGCGUGGGGCCGACCAGCACGCCUUGGACCACGAGCAGCGGGACCCGCUGAGCAUUGCGGUCCAGGAGGCGAACGCCGACAUUGUCACGCUGCUCCGUCUGGCGCGCAUGACUGAGGAGAUGCGUGAGGCCGAGGCGCCCCCAGGCCAGCCAGGCCCCCUGGCGGGCAGCAGCCCCACAGAGCUCCAGUACCGCAGGUGCAUCCAGGAGUUCAUCAGCCUCCACCUGGAGGAGAGCUAGGGUGGAGGGGCCGGGCACCUGCAUGACCCCGCUGGGGAUCCCCGCCCGGCCCCGCUCGCCCUGCCUGGCCGCCACGGCCCUGCCCAGAUGACCAUGGGCCCAUUUCCCGAGAGCCGUGAUGUGGGGUGCUCCUGGAGCCCCUGCUGCCUGUCCACCCUCCUCAGAGCUGCCCUGACCCCAGGGCCAGGAGAGGGACCCCAGCACUGAGUCUUUUCAAGCCCCAUGUUUCUCUGGGGAUGGUGCCCUUCACCUCAUGUUUUCAGGUGACCCCUUCCUCGGGAGGCCUAGGUCACUCAUGUCACAAACCACUCUCAAGGCCCCAUGUCACCUUGUGACCCCCUCCCCAGGGCCCAUGUCACUUUGUGCCCCUCCCUGCCCUCAGGGCCUGUGUCACCUUGUGCACCCGCCUUUACUGCCCCAGAACACAGACCUGUUAGCUGGGUCCCUCCUACACCCCCAGAGCCCCUCCACUAGGCAGCGGGGCUGGUGGCUGGCCACCAGGCAAGGGUGGGGGGCCGCCCAUCCAGGGAAUCAACCUGUGUACCUCACUUAGUGACCAGUGUCCAGGCUGGGCUUCUCGGGUGCUGGGUGGGGCUCUGGCCUGGAGCCUUGGCCCUGGCUGGACGCGGGCGUCCGAGGCCGCAUGGCUGGCCACACAGGCCCCUGUCUGGGCAGCCAGACCUGUCCCUGCCUCCUGCAGAGGCACUUGGCCCAGAGCCGGUGCAUAAAGGACUUUGGCACUUUCUACCCGCACAUCCGGUGUUCUUUGUCACCAACUGAGUGGAUUUUCUACCAACCUCGUUCUCUGUCUCACGUCCUUUCUCUGUGGACUCGCAAGGACCACCGUGACCCCGGCUCUGCCUGCUGCAGGGGCGGCCCCUGUAGCCCUGUCCUGCCCCCUUGCCCUGCCCCCUCGCCAGCCUCGCCCCUUGGCGGGGCCCUCAGAUGGGUCCAGGGGUCCCUCAGCUCAGUCCCUAGGGCCCACCGAUGCCUUAUGCGUUCCCCUUUCCUGAAGCCCAAGGGCAGGGCCGGGCCUCUCCCCAACUUGGGCCCUUGGUCAGGCCAAGGCCAGUCGGCUGAUCACUAUGCAAAGGCUGCCCGGGGAGGCUCCAUGUGUGGCAGGGUGAGCACUGGCCGGCGCCCGCUCCCUCGCCUGCUGGCUGUAACUCCUAAAGAGCAGAAUAACUCCUUCUCUCUCCCUGCUUGAGCUCUGCCCCCAGCUCCCACUCUGCUGCCUGCAUCAGGGCCUCACCCCUGGGCCUCGGGUUGGCGGGACUGCCCCUGCUCCAGAUCAUGUUAAUAAACUGCUUGCACCUGCA